GAGGAAAUACGAGUUGAGAUUCACAGAUGGAGCUGACGUCUAUUGUUGAACAUAAAUAUUUUCUAACAUUUAUCGGCGGUUUAUUUAUUGCGAUACCAUCUUGAUUUCUGUUACCUAUAGAUUUUUUCGUGAGAUAAGUUCAUUUUUACGUGCAAUCGCGAGUGCUACCUAUGUGAGUGUGAUGGCGUGCGCAGUUCCGCACUUUAUAUCGCAACAUUGUUGAGUAUAUUCCGGUGCGGGAUUUGCGACUUUGGGAUGUCUCGUUCCAAAUUGGUACGAGCGUAGGCCGUGCGUUUUUCUUUUUUUCUCUUUUGUUAGAGAAGCGUACUGGCGACCAGUGCACUCGGCGAUUGUCCAAUUUCUCCGAUUCCUUCGAGGCGGGGUCUCUACUGCUUGGAGAAUAUAUUUUGUGUCAAGUUCGUGUCAGUUUAAUGAGUAAAUAUCAACAUUUGCUUCGCACGUUCACUUUUUUACGAGCUCAACCUGCGACAGAUGUUCCUGUGACAGAUCAGUUUUUAGUCUAGGCUUUCGUAGAUUUGUUAUUGCUGUGAUAUUUGAAUAUUCACCAUGCCACGUAGAAAAAAUCAAAGACAUCGUCCCAUAGGGGAGGACACUAGAAUUGCAGUAAAUUUAACUCUAAAGAAACUUCUGGACACUCCAGAUCAAAAGGAGCUAGAGUUCCCAUCUUCGUACACAGCAGAAGAGAGAGGAUAUAUUCAUGAACUAGCCAGAGUCCUUGGUCUGAAGUCGAAAAGUCGAGGAAAGGGUAUGAACCGAUUCCUGACUGUGUAUAAAAGAGAGGGUUCAACGAUAGUCCAAGCUGAUACUGUAGUAAAAUUGCAGAAUGCUUCAAAGCAGAGCAUAUAUAACUUGGCACAUACUUUUCCAUUGAACCAAAAAGAAUAUCAAGAUCUGCUUCCUCCAAUUGAAAGGGAGCGUCCUCUCAAUACUGAUGUAAAUACGAAUACUAAAGCAAUGGGCAGGUUGAAUAGCAGCAUACCUCAGAUCCCUCAACUGAAGACCAAUUUUGAUGUAAUGCAUUUCCGCAAAUCCCUACCAAUUUUUAAUGCAAGGGAAGAGAUCCUCACUGCAUUGAACAAUCAUCAGGUAAUCAUAAUCGCAGGUGAAACCGGAUGUGGUAAGACCACUCAAGUGCCACAGUAUAUUCUGGAGCACUAUCAGCAAAAGCAUCAGGCUUGCAGAAUUAUUUGUACACAACCUAGACGCCUGUCGGCGGUGACUGUGGCCGAGAGAGUGGCAUUUGAGAGAGAAGAAAAGAUCGGCCAGACAUUCGGAUAUCAGAUAAGAUUAGAGAGCAGAGUAGCUCCGAAAACUCUCCUGACGUAUUGUACAAAUGGCGUAUUGCUUCGUACUUUAAUGGGCGGCGAUUCUGCCUUGUCCACGCUUACGCAUAUCAUCGUCGAUGAGGUGCACGAGCGAGACAGAUUCUGUGAUUUUCUUUUGAUAGCUUUAAAGGACGCGUUGGUCAAGUAUCGUUCCUUGAAACUAAUACUGAUGAGUGCUACGAUGGACACUAACAUAUUCGAGAAAUACUUCAAUAAAUGCACCGUUAUCAACGUCCCCGGCCGAACAUACGACGUGGACAUAUACUUCCUGGAGGACAUCUUGAAAAUGACUGGUUACAUGACGAAAGAGAUGCUCGCGAUGAAGAAGGAAUUCUUCAAGCUGAAAGAUCAACGGAAGGUUUUGGAAUCUUGGACGCAGUACAAGCCCCAACAUUCCGGUAGAAAAGCCACGAAGGAAAAGUGUCUGCUGCCGGCGCCGAUUCUAGCCCAGCAUAGCGACCCUAUACCGGAGAAAGUCAAGUUAGAGCCUUGGUUGAUGGAAGAAAUGGACAAGAGUAUUUCCGACGCGUGGUUGAAUGGCGCAGAGGACAAUUUCGCGCAGCUUUUACAUUUCAUACUCUCUGAGAACGUCUCUGUGGAUUAUCAGCACUCCAGCACUUCCGUGACGCCAUUAAUGGUUGCUGCGGGUAGAGGCUGCAUAAACACGACCGAGCAGCUUUUGAAUUUAGGCGCGAAUCUUAAUUUAAGGGCCGGUAACGAGUGGACCGCGUUGGACUGGGCUAGAAAGAUGAAUCAGACCGAAUGCGCUGAGCUGAUCGAGGCUUACAUGAAGACUUACGAUUGCGCGGUGUCGAACGACGAGUUGACACGUGCCGGGGAGACGUCGCUCUCUGAAGAGGACAAAAUGCUGCUCGACAUCUAUCACCAUACGUUCAACGAUGACAAUAUCAAUUACGAUCUACUGUUAGAAUUAAUCAUUCAUAUUCACCUGAAGAUGCAGCCCGGCUCUAUCUUAGUAUUUUUACCGGGAUACGACGAUAUAGUCACGAUGAAGGAGAAGGUAAAUGCCGAGGAGAAGAAGAUGAAUCAGGGCUUACGUUACAACUUGUACGUGCUCCAUUCGAACAUGCAUACCAACGAUCAGAAGAAGGUGUUCAAGCCCAGUCCGCAUGGCACACGGAAGAUUAUUCUCUCUACGAAUAUAGCGGAAACUAGCAUCACGAUCGACGACGUUGUAUACGUUAUUGACUCAGGCAAGGUCAAGGAGAAAUCCUUCGAUGCUAUAUCGAGUGUGUGCACGUUGACUUCAAAUUGGAUAUCUCAGGCUUGCGCGAAGCAACGGAAAGGUAGAGCGGGUCGAUGUAAGAGAGGAAUUUGUUAUCGCAUGUUUUCGUCCAUGCGUUACAACAGUAUGCAACCUUAUCAAACACCCGAGAUUCUGCGCUUACCGUUACAAGAGUUGUGCUUGUACACGAAAUACCUGACGCCAGGAAACACGCCUAUAGCCGAAUUCUUGGACAGAGCUUUGGAGCCGCCGUCCAACGUGGUCACUAGAAAUGCGGUUCAAUUGUUGAAGACGAUCGACGCGCUGGAUCCUUGGGAGGACUUAACUGAGAUGGGAAGUCACUUGUUGGAUUUGCCAAUUGAGCCGAGGCUCGGUAAAAUGCUGUUGUAUGCCGUCGUCCUGAAAUGUCUGGAUCCCAUCUUAACUAUCGUUUGCAGUUUGGCAUACAAGGAUCCUUUCAUACUGCCAUCGCAGCCGUCGCAAAAGAGAGCUUUGACUGCAGCACGAAAAAAAUUCGCCACUGGGACGUUUUCAGAUCACAUGGUGGUGUUGCGAGCAUUUCAGGGUUGGCAGAAUGCUAGAGCGUCCGGCAAGGAACGUGCCUUCUGCGAGAAGAAUUUUAUUUCCGCGCCUGUGAUGGAGAUGGUAGUCGGAAUGCGUACGCAACUUCUCGGCCAAUUGCGCGCGUCCGGAUUUGUCAGAGCUAGGAGUCCCAGCGACAUUCGAGAUUUAAAUUCCAAUUCGGAAAAUUGGGCGGUCGUGAAAGCGGCGCUGACUGCGGGUUUAUAUCCCAACUUGAUUCGCGUUGAUCGCGAUCAUUUGCAGUUACGAACUCAAAAAGAGGUCAAGGUGUUCUUCCAUCCCUCUUCGACCUUGAGAGACUUCCCAAAGUCUCCGAGAACAACGUCCGCGCAAACACACGCAGCCAAUGUGCAGGCCUUACCAUGCGAUUGGCUGCUUUACGAAGAGAUGAGCCGUACGGGACGUUUCUGUCAUGUGAAAUUUGUUACGCUUGUCAAUCCACUAACGGUAGCUCUCUUUAGCGGACCGGCCAGGUUACCAAUGGAUGUACUGCAUGAGGCUGAGGCUGUGUGGGAAAGCGAUUCAGACUCAGAAGUCGACGAAUCACAUGAAGGGGCUAUUUUCAAGCUCGAUGACUGGGUAGUGUUCAAACUCGAUCCAGAAACAGCUGAUCUGUUCUUACAAUUGCGACAAAAGUGGAACGCUCUGUUCCUCAGACGUAUGAAGGCACCGAACAAAGCUAUGUCGGCGUUAGACGAGAAAGUCAUCAACACUUUGGUGACUGUGCUUACGAAUGAGGAGCAGGCCUGCGGCCUACAGCAACCUACCGGUAUCGGCCAACGGCCACGUCCGCUGAUUGUCGAUUAUUAUCCUGCAAAUGUCAGGAGAGAUGAUUAUCCAGAGAGAUACUUUUAAAACUGGGAAAGGGAUUAUUGUUGCGUAUACAAUCUGCAAAGUGCAUCUUCAUGGUAACGGCUGACUGCUGUAUGUAAAUGUUCUGUAUUCCUAUACAACUUUUUGUUGCUAGAAAAUAUAAAAUAAACAUACGAUGCGUAUGUAUACGUAUUGCGUAUAGGAUUGCUUUAUGAAUGUUACAUUUUGACUUUCAAUAUUGACAAAAGUUACUGACAAAGACUUAAUAACUUUACGAAUAAUAUUUACAGUAUUGUAGGUAGAUUCUGUCAAAAUAGAAGUAGCUAUUUAUUUGUUUAUUACGAAAUUUUAGUUUUCUACUCAUUGGAGUAGGAUAUUUAGGAUUCUUUCUCAAUAUUAUUGGAGAAUAGAGAUAACGGUAUUAUUGUCAAGGUCGAUUUACAUUUUUCCGCGACAAAUUUAUUCCAUCGAAGCAAUAACGCAUGUGAAGUUAUCUUAAUUGGAUUCAGUCCGGAAAUAUGUAAAUAAAUCUAUAAUCGGUGUUAUGGAAAUAUGAACUAUAAUUUUAUGAAAAUACGUAAUAUAUUGUGAUUACGUCUUGAUAUUUUCCUUGCCAGUACUGAAAAUCUAUAGUAUAGUACUGACAGUGAUUAUCAGAAUGCAGCUACAUAAACUCGAAAGUAUACUUUUGAGUAGUACUUUGAAAAGGAAAAGUACUCGGAUAUCUGAUUAUCCGAUAUGCGAGAUCGGUUCUAAUAUAAAAAUCUCAAACGAAAACUUCCAAUUCCAUUACUAUAAUUUGGACAAUUAUUUGGUUCUAACUAAAAUCAAUAUCGAGUCGAAUUCGAAUCAGAUUGUCAUUAAUUUAAUGUCAAGAAAUAUUAAUUUAUUGAUUGUCAAAUUUGACUUGUCAGAGAAGCAUAUUUAAAUUUACCGCGAACACUUCUAUUUGAUGAAAUCCGCUGCGAACGGAUUCGGAUUUGACGCUUCGACUGUUCGAGUAUUAUAGAAAAUUCAAAUCCUCUAACCACCUGAAAUAAAACAUUAAAUUUAUCUGUUAUAAUCGAAUAAUCGAACAUUCAGACAAAGCUAGUAGAUCCAAAUAAGCUUUGAAGCUCUAAAUAUUAAGUUGAUGUUAUAUUUUCUACUGCAUAUAAUAUAUGCUGCGUUAAAUACUAAAUAGUUAAUAUAAAAUAUUAACUAUAUUAAAUAACAGUUUUGUUUCAUAAAACAUAUUUGAAUACACAUUUUUAUGCAUAUAUGAGGAUAAUUCGUUUGAAAAAUAUGUUAAAUCAAUGAUUCGCCAUUUUUGUACUUUUAUCACGUGUUUAAGUGAAUUUACGUAAAAUUGUUAAAAUAAAUGUGUAUUUAAAUAUGUUAUAUAUAAUAAAUAACAUCUUUAUUAUAUAUAAUAUAUUUAAAUACACAUUUUUACGCUUAUAUGAGAAUAAUUCGUUUGAAGAAUACGCUAAAUCAAUGAUUCAUCAUUUCUGUACUUCUAUCACGUGUUUAAGUAAAUUUAUGUAAAAUUGCUGCUGGCCACUGCUGAAUAUUUAUUUUUUAUCAAUUAAUUAAUCGGCUUAUGAUGUUUCCACAGUAAUAUUACACUUGUAAAAUCUUGAGAAAGAAAUUUUCGUUUAUCCAUAAAAGACUUUAUUUUAAUUUCAAUGUGUAAUUGUAUUACAUAUAGCAUUUUAUUUUCUGAAAGUAUUAUAAAGUCGCAAGUAGUCACAAAGCUAAGAUUACUAUAUUAACAAGCUUACAAUAUAUUAAUAAGCUUCAUAUUAUCAAUGAACUUUGUACGAAUUGUCAUACUGGCCAGCAUAUUAGAAAUAAAAUUAUAUAUAAAAUAUUAUAACAGAGAAAUGACAGAGCAAAUAAUAGCAGUGAAUAGGAAUAUAUAUAAUAUGUUACGUUAAUACAUAUAAAUUACAUUAUAUAUAUAUAUAUAUAUUAAUGUAAUUUAUUUAAUGCAUUACGCAUGCGGGUCUGUAGAGUUUGUCCGAAAUUGCAAUUAAUUAUUCGAUUGAACUUUGAUUCCUAUAAAAUUAAUAUUGGAAUUUAUGUAAUAAUACAUGUAAGCAUAAGUGACUUUGUAAAAUUAAUGCUGCCAUAAGACGAACCCUGUCCGAGACGUCUAUGUAUUCAUGUAACAAUAUAAGCUGCUAGAAAAUAAUAAUAAUAAUCGUUGUUCAGUCGUGGUAUUGAAGAUUAAAGGUUCGUCUGGAUUCAUCAUUGUAUCGUGGUAAUUAAAAAUAAAGAUCAUUUGUUUUGUUA